AUGCCAAAAAUACGACCCACAAACACCAAUAAGGCGCAAUGGACGUCUGAAACUUUAGAAAAAGCAAAAGAACUGGUGAACCAAAACCAGUCUAUUAGGUCUGCGGCUAAAGCCAUGGGUAUUUCUUUUUCCACCCUCCAAAAACGGCUAAAACAACAAAAUCAAUCAGAACCACGUCUCGGAAGACUUCCUGUUUUUACACAGGAUGCAGAAAAGAUCUUGGCAGACCGCAUUAAAUACUUAUCUUCAAUUUUUUAUGGAGUCACAGUUAUACAAGUAAGAAAGGCAGCAUACCGAUAUGCAGAAGAGCUUCAAAUCCAACACACAUUUGACCAGAGUGCCCAAAUGGCUGGACGUGAUUGGCUGGAAGGAUUUCUGAAAAGAAAUAAUAUAUCUAUUCGCAAACCAGAAGCCACAAUACAAGAUCCUGGUAAGAUAUUAGCUCCCAAAGGCAUGAAAAGUUGGGAAAGAGGUAAAAAUAUUACACUAUUAUGUGCCAUGAAUGCUGCUGGUGGUUUUGUUCCUCCUAUGUUCAUCUUCCCUCGGAAGAGGGUGACUCCGCAGCUCGAAAAAGAUGGUCCAGCAGGAGCUAUAUACAAGUGCUCAGAUAAUGGAUCGAAACAAGGUACCUCCAGACGCAAAUAA